GCUUCCACCAACCACCUCCCUCGUGGACUAGUGCGGCUCAGACAUGGCGUCAGCGGAUCUUUUGAAGCAAAUUCAGGCGGGCAGGAUGCUCAAGAAAGCAGAGACGAAUGACCGCAGCGCGCCUGCCGUCGAGGCACCAAAAGGUGCGGGCGUGGGGGGCAGAUCGGUCAGUGCAGGCGGAGGAUCGUCGGGCCACUCUGCGAUAGCCAUGGCGGCCUCUGCGUCAGCGGGGCCGCCCCAGCUGGGCGGGCUAUUCGCUGGUGGUAUGCCUAAGUUGAAGCCCGCGGGGCAGAGCAAUCUAGGCAAACCUCCUACACUAGGGAAACCACCAUCUAUACCCAAACGAAAUGGUGCUGCCUCGGCACCUCCUGCGCCCCCCGCCCCUCCGAGCAGACCUUCGCCAGCUCGGCCACCACCGCCACCCGCGCCAGCGCCGAGCGCACCCACACCCCCGAGCCGUCCUGCCCCAAGUCUUCCGGCCAGGACAGUCCCGGCGCCACCGAGUGCACGUCCACCGCCUCGUCCUGCACGUUCCGCGUCUCCACCGAGCAGCCCGCCUGCCCUUCCAGCCCGUGCGUCCUCGAACGCGUCCGCUCGUGCCCCUCCGAGCAUCCCAGUGCGUCCAACAUCCGCCCUUCCUCAUCGUAAGGUUCCCCCGCCCCCAACUACACCCGGUCGAGCGCCGCCUCCGCCACCAGCGAGACCGUCCAGCCUCAAGCCACAUGCGGAAUCCGCUGCCACCUCGCGCGCUGCGCCCCCGCCUCCGCCCAGGCGACCGGUUAGUGUGGCUCCGCCUCCGCCACCUUCGCGCGUGAGGACGGUCGCAGAGGAGACGCAUCGCCCGACGCCGUCGCCCCCGCCUGCACCGGCACGACACACGCCCGCGCCGCCUGGCCCCCCGCCCCCUCCGCCUGGACCUCCGUCCUCCCGGCACUCCCUCGCGCCGCCCCCUCCGCCUGCUUCUUUUUUGCCUGCUAGGUCCAGGACUCAGUCAACGUCCAGCGUCCCUACAGCUCCGCCUAGCAGGGUGCCGUCUACACUUGUACCCACGCCCCCACCACUGGCAGGCUCCCAUACGUUCCCGGUGACUGGCUUCCCGCCACCGCGACCGUUCAAUCCUAGCGUGAAGAAGUAUAGUGGAGGUCGGCAAAAGGGAAGCGAUUUUGACCUUGCUGUGUUGUAG